GAAUCGCGCAGAAAAGAGAGAAGCCGAUGAUCCUAUUGGUCCCUGUUGCUCUACAAAAAAAUACUCCGACUUCCACACACACCGAUGCACAGAUCUUCUGCGAAGGCGGAACGCCGGUCGGAACGUGGGAGGCAGCGAUUUAAACAGAAUUUUCUCACGUGUGAAGGUCGACCGCAGGAUUUACAUCCCAAUGACAAUAUUCCCGUAUCGUCAAUCCCAUUUCAGCGCCCGGAGAACUUUAACUUUCGACAUCAAGCGGACAAAUAAUGAGCAAACACUAUAAGAACAGAACGGCGACAUCCAAGAAUGUGCUUUUAAACGCCUUUCUGAAGUAGGCACCAAUUACCCGGCCAAGUUCUUGGAACACAUUUUAAUAGUGUCGUCUCCGUAAUGCCGACAAGAUUCGCUCAUCGUAGCGAUGGCCAACAGUGGAAAUAUAUGAUAACAGAAGAUGUAUAUCUAAAGGAAACGAACGCGUGGUAUUAAAAGACAAAUAGCCUACUCUUUUCUCAUUUUUACUGGAAAACAUCAAACACGGAGAUGUGCUGAAAUGCUACUUUUCACAAUAUGAAGCAAAUAGGCUACCGUACGCAGAUGCAGUAACAGAGGAAUCUUUCCGACGGUCAUGAAGUUUGCACUUAUACAAAUUACCACAUACAAUAGAAGGAAAAUGGGAUUCUUUCCACUCUUUGCACAGCGGUUACCAAGUGAUGCGCGCGGCCAUCUAAGCAACUACAGUCAGCAACAAUGUAGAUAACUUUUGCACUAUGGAUUCUCGGAUCCUCUCAACUAGAAAUCGCACAUAUUCGGGGACUUUAACAAGUUCGCAUUUCUUCUUUCUCUCAUUUUGCAAAGGGAAUGUAUAUUUUAUUAUUAUUUUGAUAGAUUACCUGAAACUAGAAGAAACGAGCAUUUAAUUGAUGCUGAACUAGAAAAAAAAAACGCCAUUCACCUAAUUUUUUUCCCCACAUUUUCCCGUCUCACCGUGUCCAAUCUCGUUGGCUCAUAUGGGAAUAAAACACUCCUCCCGGUGUCUGCUCCUGAGGAGAAAAAUGGCGGAAACGGAGAACUCGGAGCAGGCUCCGGUCAGUGUGGGCGUGUCUCAGUCGGUGCAGCCCACCCCGUUGCCCAGGCCCAUCCCCUCAGUGCACCACGUCCCGCGGAAGCCCCACACGCCCCACCCCUCCUCCCUGCCCAGCUGCCCCGGCCGGGGCAAGAUGGGCAAGUUCCUCACCCCGGAGGAGAUGACCUCCCGGGACUACUACUUUGACUCCUACGCUCAUUUCGGCAUCCACGAGGAGAUGCUGAAGGACGAGGUGCGCACGCUGACCUACAGGAACUCCAUGUACCACAACAAGCACGUCUUCAAGGACAAGAUCGUGCUGGACGUGGGCAGCGGGACCGGCAUCCUCUCCAUGUUCGCCGCCAAGGCGGGGGCCAAGCACGUGUACGGGAUCGAAUGCUCCAGUAUAUCUGAAUACUCAGAGAAGAUCAUCAAGUCCAACGCACUGGACAGCGUGAUCACCAUCUUUAAGGGGAAGGUGGAGGAGGUGGAGCUGCCGGUGGAGCAGGUGGACAUCAUCAUCUCGGAGUGGAUGGGCUACUGCCUCUUCUACGAGUCCAUGCUCAACACCGUCAUCUUCGCCAGGGACAAGUGGCUGAAACCCGGAGGACUCAUGUUCCCCGACCGGGCUGCACUCUAUGUGGUGGCCAUCGAGGACCGGCAGUACAAGGACUUCAAGAUCCACUGGUGGGAGAACGUGUACGGCUUUGACAUGACCUGCAUCAGAAACGUGGCCAUUAAGGAGCCUCUGGUGGACAUUGUGGACAACAAGCAGGUCGUCACCAACUCCUGUCUGAUAAAGGAAGUGGACAUCUACACGGUGAAGACGGAGGACCUGUCCUUCACCUCGGCCUUCUGCCUGCAGAUCCAGCGCAACGACUACGUGCACGCCCUGGUCACCUACUUCAACAUCGAGUUCACCAAGUGUCACAAGAAGACCGGCUUCUCCACAGCACCAGACGCCGCGUACACGCACUGGAAGCAGACCGUGUUCUACCUGGAGGAGUACCUGACCGUCCGCAGGGGGGAGGAGAUCGUCGGCAGCAUCUCCAUGAAGCCCAACGAGAAGAACAUACGCGACCUGGACUUCACCUUCGAGCUGGACUUCAAAGGCCAGCUGUGCGAAGCCGCCAUCUCCCACGACUACAAGAUGCGCUAGGCGCCCGCCGGGGGGGGCGGAGUUUCGAGAGGCGGGGGUCUCCCGCGUGAUGUCAUCGGCGCGAGACGGGGGCACCGAGCGACAUCCUUAGCGCCGGCCGUCCCACCGCGAGCGAGCACUCGGCACUCGAGACUGUUCAGAACGCAGCUUUGAAUGUAACGAUAACUGAGUACUGUUGCUUUUUCGUGAUGAAUGUUAGUCGGGGCAGAGGUGCGGUGCGGAACAGGCGCAAGCCGGUUCCUGUUGGCGACUAAGGCUGUGACAAUGGCUAUAGCUCUUCCAAAACAAUCGGGGUACAGCGGAGUCCCAUAAUGCACUGGUUUAGUAUUGUAUUCUUGCUAAAAAAAUAAUAAGCCUUCCAUUACAACAUGGGUAUCACUCGGGACGCAAGAUCCUGAUGAGAUAAUAGUGAAUAUCGAGGGCAUUAAUGUUUUCAAUAAAUCUGAACGCCUUCCUGUCUUUGGUGAGGUUAAAAAGCGAGUGUUUGCAGGCUAUUUGCAUGUUCAGUCCUUUGAGUAAAUCUUGAUUUCCCACUGUCGUACUUUAGGAUAUUAAAGUCUUUGUUUGCAGGCAAUACGUUAAGAAAUCUAAUAAGGAAGUACACAUGAGAAACAUUUUCAACGGAUAAUGGAAUUUUCUCUUGAAUGAUUGCUCAGACCCUGCACUGGUUGGGGGGCUGUGUUGUGGAUGAAAUAAUGCCGUUCGGUGCUGUGUAUAAGCUGUGAAUUGCUGUGUGUGGUUGCUGUCGGGAGUGUGUUUUAAUGAACAAGCAUGUAUCAAAGGUGUUGGCCGAAUAUUCCGCAGUGUGUGUUGUAGUCUUGAUUCAAGCCGUGCUGUCGGUGGGUGUGUGUUUUACCGUGCAUGGGGGUUGGGUUUUGGGGAGGGGGGGGUGGGGGGGGGGUGAUUGCACAAAGCCAGACCGUAUUCAUCUACAUCAGGGAUGGGCAACAUCAGUCCUGGAGGGCCGGUGUGUAUGCAGGAUUUUUUU